UCAGAGCGGCUGCGAUGCCGGGGUGGCUGGCAGCAGCACCGUGCCGGAGCCGCACGAACCCGUGGAAAUGGUUGUUAAAAAGCAGAAGGGGCGCGGGGCGACAACGGGUCACGGCAAGCGCGCUCCGAGUCCUUCACCGCGCCCCGGGGCACGGGAGGACAGCACGGCGAGCGAGAGCUGCCGGCAGCCCGGGCACCAGGACCGCCGUGGUAAUGCCAGCCCGGGACAGUGGCACGGCACGGCUCUGAGGCCGCAAGCGCUUCCCGGGCCGACCACGCUCCUCUACUGGACCGCAGUCGGGUUAAAGGGAGGGGAGCGGGGCUCAGCUGCCCCCGGAGCCGCGAAGCCCGGGGAAAGCCGGCGCACGGACCGGCUGCCACCGUGCCUCGCACCCUCCGCCUGCGACGCCAGCGAGAAACUGAGGCAGCGAAGAAAGACGAGCAACCUGGAGAACAAUUAACAAACCACGAUGAGGCCAGAAUCUGCUUCUAUCACGAUGUUCCUGCCAUGCCAUAGAUCUCUUGACACAGGCAGAAUUUGCCUUGAGAAGAAUCUGCUUUUCUGUUCACAGUUGGACCAGCUGAAGGCGUUUCUCAACAGAGAUGCUGAUGCCAUACGGAAGGGCAGGUAGACUCGCUUGGAAAAAUCCUUCAAACAGAGUCUUUCUAAAAAACUGGAGUUGCCUCUUUUUUCUUUUCUUUUUUUUUU